GUUUCGUAUAAAGCAAUGGGUAUUUACCAUUUGCAUAAUGAUCUCAAUGCUGGUGUCACUCACUAUACUCGCUAUUUGGUUAUCAGGUACGACUAUUUCGACGAAACGACAAUAUCUUCCAGUUUCGCUCAAUGAUUCGUCAAUAAGUAAUGAUUUAACGAUACCAGGGGUGCACAUAAUUCCGCGUAUUGAGUGGGGAGCGCAACCACCAUCAAAAACACCGACACCCUUGGGAGUUAUUCCAGUUCCUUACGUAAUUAUAAGUCAUACGGCUUCGAUAUUUUGCUAUACUCAAGCCCAGUGUGUGUUGAAUGUCCGGGUCGCCCAAACAUUUCACAUCGAGUCUAAGGGUUGGAAUGACAUUGCCUAUAACUUCCUUGUAGGCGGUGACGGUUUAGUUUACGAAGGUCGAGGCUGGAACAUCGAAGGAGCUCACACUUUUAACUAUAACUACCAAAGUAUUGGAAUAUCGUUCAUUGGGACCUUUAAUGAAGUGGAGCCAACGAAAGCGCAGCUUUAUGCAACAGAGAAGCUGAUCGAGCUUGGCAUUAAAGAAAAUUAUAUCAGUAAGGAUUACAAGUUAUUAGGACACAGGCAGUGUAUUAAGACUGAAAGUCCUGGUGAAACUUUAUAUAAUAUAAUUAAAACUUGGCAUCACUGGUCGCCGACACCCUAAUGCUGUGGAAUUUCAUAACUUAAUUUGACAACUUAAUAAUAAUGGAUAAGCGAGGAGCUGCUUGCCGUAUUAUAUAUCUUAGCUGCAAUAAUUGUUACAAAUUAGUUACAAUAUAAUGAUUUUUAAGAUUAUUAAACGUAUCCAAUACGGAUAAUCAUAGUACAUAAGGACGUAGUAAUAAAG